UACGAGACACCGUCGAUCGCGUUAGUUUCCGAACGGGAGUCCUGAUCUGGUCCGAGCGAAGAGGGCAGAAGCCAAAUUUGGAAAAGCAACACGAUGUCACGUAUGCUGCACUAUGGCAUGCCUUACGGCGGUACUCGGUUUGGAGGCUUCUCACUGGUGAAUGACAGUCGUCUAGCCACUCUGCUCGUGAUUGCAUCAUCUAUCACGAGCCAAGCAAGGACAAUAAGGUUCAUGGUCUCGAGUAGACAUUUUUCAGGAUCGUGUCUUGUGUUGAUCGGAAUGUUUUUGUGUCUAUUCUCGGACGUAUAACGCCAACGCAAGUGGUGCUUCUUGCAUAUUAUUUCCAGAUUUGGCUCGCCCGCGAGAGCUGGACGGCCUCAGUCCGCAUAUCUCGGAUAAGGUUUAUGGUUUAU